AUGUUUAAGCUACUCGGAGGUCUGAGCGUGUACUUCAAGUACCAACCAAUAAAGACAGACAAUGCAGUGUUUAGAUUGCACAAUAUAUUCACAACGGUCCUUCUGUUGACCUGUUCUGUGAUCAUCACUGCUACCCAAUAUGUAGGGGAGCCGAUAAAAUGUAUUGUAGGCAAUGGCCUCCCAGCCCACGUCGUGAACACUUUUUGCUGGAUCACAUCCACGUUCACUAUGCCGGAUGCUUUUCUUAGAGAGGCAGGCAGGGAAGUUGCGCAUCCUGGUGUUAUGAACGAGUAUGACAGUUCGUCACCGAAGAAAUACUACACGUACUAUCAGUGGGUGUGCUUCAUGCUGUUCUUACAGGCCAUCAUGUGUUACACACCAAAGUAUUUGUGGGACGCUUUUGAAGGUGGUCUCCUUCGCACUAUUGUCAUGGGGCUCAAUAUAGGUGUAUGUCACGUGGAAGAGAAAGAGAAGAAGAAGGACGCAAUCAUCAGCUAUCUCAUCAGACACGAGAGGACUCAUAAGCUGUACGCAUUUCGUUAUUGGGGCUGCGAAUUGCUAUGUCUCAUCAACAUCGUACUCCAGUUGUGGAUAAUGGAUUCUUUCUUCAACGGCGAGUUCUUUUCAUACGGGACCAGGGUUUUGGGUUACAGCGAAGUGCCACAAGAAGAAAGAUAUGAUCCAAUGAUAUACGUGUUCCCUCGCGUGACGAAGUGCACGUUCCACAAGUUUGGUGCGUCGGGCACUAUACAGACUCACGACUCGCUUUGCAUUCUGCCACUGAACAUCGUCAACGAGAAGACCUACAUAUUCCUAUGGUUCUGGUAUAUCAUACUGGCGGUUAUACUCGUACUUCUAGUUAUAUACAGGCUCGUAAUAAUAUUUGUGCCGUCUGUCCGUCCGAGGCUUCUCCACGCUAGGGCGCGUACGAUCGCGAUGGAGACGGCGGUGAUCGUGUCGAGACGGACGGACGUGGGCGAUUGGUGGCUCCUGUACAUGCUGGCUAGGAAUAUGGACCCGCUUAUUUAUAGAGAGCUCAUAUCAGAGUUAAUAAAGCGCAUGGGUGAGAAAAGUGGGCCGCGGGCG